UCUCGCAUCAAUGCGAAACUUCCGCGUAAGAACAACCUUGAAGUCCGUAAUCACGAUGACGUCCGACGAUAACCGACAUUCGCUGCAGUCGAUUAAACUAUCCCACUUCGCGCGCAACAUGCAUCGUCGCCGAACGUGAUCUAUCUACCCUCGACUCCUCCUCGAGUAUUCUUCAGCGAAAAAGUACUCCGAAAUCCUACGCGCGAUUCGAAUUCAAACCCAUCGAUCCCCGAUCCUGACGUUGCCGACGGCGAUCGCCACUCGAGUCCCUUAACCAAACUCAAACGUCCUCUCGCAAGAACAAACCUCCAAUCGCAACCACCCCCGACCAUCGGGUAACCGUUGAAAAGCGCUCCAAAUCGUCCCUGUUUGUUCGGUCACGUUCGGCGAACGUGUUCAAGAAGCCGAAUCCGCGAUUUCCGCGAAGCAUUCACCGCGGGCCGAAUUCCCCGUAAGGAAAGUCUAGAUUCGCGGCGAGAAGCAAAAACCUCAGCCGUUUUCUCGCGCGGUUGCAAGAAGUUGCGGUAUCGAAAUUAUCUCUCCGGAGCGGUUAGUCAACGAUAACCGAUCGCCGUGCGUGCACGCGUAGUCUGCAGACCGAAGCAUUCGCAGAAAGUAACCGAAUAAGUGUUUCUUUGAGGACGUAAGCUAAUAACGUCGGUGUCAGUCGCGUGGCGCAGCUGCCGAGAGCGCCGUUUUCGCUGCCGCGGCAUCGAUCCGCCACCAGUCAGCCAUAACCUCUGCGACUCCGCUAGCUGUUCACCCUCUAGCCUACCGAAACGGCGGAACCGUCGUGGGAAGUUCCGACGAAGAUUCCCGUCGAGUUUCCUUCGAAUUCGCGCGUCGCCACUUCGAAAUCUUCGUCACGGGAGCAAAGUCGGGGCAAGGCUAUUCGACAGCAGCGCACUGCAGGAAGACCUUCAAACGUGUGCUACCCCUACGGCAGGAUCUACGGUUUCAGUGGAACGGGCCAGGCGCAGAGCAGGCAACCAGGAAAACGUCGUCGAAGGAAAAGGUGGCUCGAAGAGGAACUUGAUGGCAGUCGAACCGCAGUGCGGUUGUCGAUUUAGCGGCUGCAACGGCUAGCUCCUCGGGAAGAGGAAACCGAGUGAAGUGUCUCUGGCCUCCUGGAACAGGCGAGCAUGAGUGUUCGUGGCCCGUGGACGCGUGCUUCGACGCGUGUGUCUCCUCGAUAGCGGUGUGUACCGCGGACGUCGACGUCUGACGUCAUUGGUUCCGGCGGGAAGACGAGAGACAGCCAGAAACGCACACCAGCACCAUGGACAAGCAGGAUUUUCUUACCAAUCUCCAUUAUUUGCCGAUCUUCCUGUUCAUCUCGCUUCCCAGCGUUUUUAUUGUAACUUACAUAAUUGCGGUUGUGUUGGGCCACGUGGAGGCCGGGUUCCCAUACAUCUCAGACGCAGCCACGUAUGCACCAGAAAGUUGCAUAUUCGCCCAGUUUAUCAAUAUGCUAGCGAUGCUCAUGUCAUUCGUGGUCUAUAUAAGGUACUCCCAGGUAAAAGAGUGCACGACAAUAUUCAGCUUGCAAACAUCUUUACCAAAAUGGAACCACUGGGCCCUAAUAUUUGGCCUAACGUCUACCUUCGGGCUUUCCGUUGUGGCGAAUUUUCAAGAGACUUCCGUGCUUGUUGUUCAUUUCAUUGGAGCGCUUCUUUGUUUUGGUGGUGGCACUGCUUAUUUCUGGACGCAAGCCGUGUGCACGUUCUACCUACAUCCGCUCGGAUGUUCGUUGAGACUCGCGCAUCUGCGAACCGCAUUGUCCAUCUUCUGCACCGUUUGUUUCUUCGUCACCCUCAUCACCGGAGUGCUGUCGCACUUGGCCUAUAAGGGAACGAACCCACAAAAAUGGUACAAAGAGGACGGUGGGUUUGAAUUGCACGUGGCCAGCACUGUCACCGAAUGGAUCUGCGCUGCGGCUUUCUGCGUCUACCUCCUAACAUUCACGGAUGAAUUCAGGGACAUCAAGAUUAGCCAUCCGAAGGCACGCAGAGGCGUCGGCGGUUAUGUGAAUCUCCUCUCACACUCCCCAGUGAACACCCCAUGUCCCGGCUACAGGUACUGCGAGUCCCGUGAGGCAUUGCUAGACGAAGUCGCGCCUCUGGUUGCGACCACACCGCCAGCUGCUACCUGCGACAUUGAGAGGAGGACCGACGUCCUCUGCCCGGUGCAGAUACACGUGCAAGACCCAUCGAUGCGCGAACGACGACGACAGGAGACGACAGAAACGGAGGACACGGAGAACAGGCAGAAAUGGGGCGAGGAUUACCCCAGAAAGUGGAUCGACCUUGACGAGAACGUCCUGGACGGUUAUAUAUUGAUAGACGACGCUUGCUUGGAACCAACAGUUGCUAUCGAAGAGUCGCAAGAGCUUCUUUACCCCGAGGGAGCCGCCGAAGUGGACGACGACGAAGACGACGCGGACAGUCACGGUAAAGGCGACAUUUCGAUCUACAACAGGAUGAGACGAGGACUUCUGAAAAGACCCGGCGAGGAGUCAGACCUCUGCACCACCUAUCCGCUAGCUAAUAGCCACGGCAGCGGCCGGGAUUGGAGCAGCCACCCUAAAUACGGUGAAUUGUACUCUCACCUAGCCGUUAAGAAAUUUCUUGAGGCUAAUCGCGAGGAGAUGGCUAACUACUCGGUAGCCAAUAGUCAUGGCAAUCAAAGUGUGUCGUCGGAGAACAGAGAGAGCUUUAGGGACACAAUGGAGACUGAUCAGCAGAACUGGGACAGCAGACCGAACACGAAUUACGAGGUGGCUAACAGUCAUAGCAGCUAUGAAGUACAUCUCGAGGGACAGGCGCAGCAAGAGGAAAUGCUGCAGACGACAGGCUGGCCGGUGGCUUCUUGGAGAGAGCAUUUGUUUAACACUUCAAUGCCCGAGGAGCAGAAACUGAAGUCGGCGAAUGUUAGCGUCGCCGAUGAUAAUGAGACGAUGAAGACUAAGACGGAGGCGACGUUGGAGAGUGACACUCACGCUGAGCCAGCUUGUGACAUCGAGCAGUGUUUGGUUCAGAUCGAAGAGAGCCUGUUGAACAUUGAACAGAAUUUACUUCAUGUACAGGAUCUGGAUAUCCCGGAGCUAAGGAAUCUUUUGUACAACAGUCCGAGCAUCGAGAAGAGCCUGUACGAUGUACAGGAUCUCCUCUACGCUGAUGGUAUCGUCCCAGUGAUAAAGAAGAAGAAAACUUUGUCGUUAGAGUCCGAGGACGAAAACGAGGAUGACGAAGAGGACGAUGAAGAGGAGCAGGAUUGGAUGGAGCGCGAUCUGACGAUCAAAGACAACGACGACGAAGACGAUAAUCCCGGCGUCGGUGUCAUUGAUCCCUCUAACGAGCUGUCUUCGGACACGACCAACGCUGAAGACACUACACAAUCAGGAUCAGCGAACUGCUCGAACGCCGACUUUAUGAACGGUUCACCGAUCGUGCAGGAGGAGAACUCGAAUUACGCCGCGAAAGCGAUGAACUUCAUCCCGAACAGUCUCAACAAAACGCUACCCAGGAGAAUCGUUCUCGAAGGAUCCAAAGAGAACAUCCGCCUGUGUUCAUCCGGACCCGAAGAACCGACAACUAUAGACUACAAUCUCAACACCACGUGCGCAGAGAAGAAGCUACUGUGCCGCGACAAGUGUCACAACAGAACGAACUCCUUGGACGAGAACUCGACCUUCCCGAAUCUGGACUCCGCCGAUAAGCUAGAAACCGGAAAGAGCUCGCUACAGAAUCUUCUGUUCGAGUCUGCGAACGGCAACACGUUGGAUCUUUCCGGGAAGGCUAGGUCGGAGGAGAUACUGCAAACUUCCAGGGAGAAGUUUCUGAGGAGUUUGAACAGGAGAGGGAUGGACGAGAAACGUUGGACCAUCAUGGAGGCUAGGACGGAAGACUUUAGGAAGAAGAUCGAGUCCAUCGCUUCCCAUAGACGUUUCACAGUGGCCGGUGCUAAUGAUCCGAAGAAGAUGAGAUCGUCCAAGGAAUCGAUAGAUAGGGGCACAAGUUCCAGGGAGAAGUCACCUAGCAGGACACGCCGCGGUAUGGUGUCCGGUGAUAGGAGUCAAGAGAAGGACAAGGAGCCCGGUAGUGCGAGAAGUUUCGAGAAAAGGAAGAGGAAGAAGAUAUCGAGUAGAAGUCAAAGUUCCUCGGAGAACGCUCUUGUGCCUAGCAAACUGAUCUCUCUGUCGCUCUCCCUGCUACUCGCGGCGUUGCUGCAAGCAGUCAGGUGUCUGACAGAUUUGGUCGAGGACGCGUUCAAGUCUGUCAGCUACGACAGAGGCGGCCUACUACAAUGAAACCGUGAUCCGCGACCCGUUUUCGUCCGGCACGAAAACGACAUCGGGGGACACUCGUAGCGUCCACGGAUAACGCGUUUAGAUCGGUAACGUUUAGACAGUAUACACACGUAUUUUUCGUCGCACUCGCCCUCUUUUUCGAACGUCUCCUUUAUACGCUUCCGUCCAAGACCAGGUUCCCGUUCCGAUGGCACUCGACUCUUAUCGGAAAUAAUGGAUGUAUCUGUCGGUAUUAGGAACGUAGACAGUUCAUAAUGUGAUUAGCGUUACGGUGUCACACCGAUGGGUUGUCGCACGUGAUUUCAUGGAUCUUCGGGAGACGCUUCUGCGAAUUAAACUUACGACGACAAGUAUUUUGUAUUAAACUGACAGAUGAUGCUUGUGUGUUCCUGCGCACUGAAUAUGAAUCUAAAAGAUUUUCUGUCGGCUUCAGCUUGCGGAAAAUAUGAUUUUCAUGGAGAAAUGAAUUUUUCUUUAUUUCAAGGUUCUUUGCCCGUGAAUUGUGACGCUGCGAAGUUAUUCCUGCGGAUGAUUUUUGUAUCUGAUGGGCAUGUGGGUGUUAGCGUUUUCGAAUGAAAUAAAAUAUUUUGUAAAGUAGCUUAUUAUCGUUAUUACUAUCAUUACAUAAACUGUAAAUAAUAGAAAUAAAUUGGAUUCAUAUUCAUUGUUCUGAUAUGUACAAUAAUCGUUCAUCGAACGUCGGAAUUACGCAAGAAACACUGACGUUUGUUAUUAAGCUAUGUUCCUUUCCAAAUAAAAUGAUUUCGAAUUUAUUUAAAGUAGUUGUAGCGGACAAAAUCUGAUUUUAUAAUUACGAAUCGAAUGCAAAUACAAGUUUUUUAUACUGGGACCAUUAACAUUUACAUGCAUUUACCACGGAUUAGAUUUACAUGAAAAGUGUUCUGACAUUAACGAACAUUUCUAUAAGAAAUAAUAAUUCAUUAAUCCGUCGGAACAUUUUUCUAGCGCGACUUUUAAGUAAGUCUGACUUAAUUUUCCUAUAAAAACAUCAUUAAUAAGACUUCAAACAUUUUAUAAAUUCUAGCUACAACAAUUAUCAAUUUUUGCACUAUGUGCAUAGACGCACUUCAAAAUUUGCAAUCGAAGGAUCAACGAAAGAAACACAGCACUCGGUCGUAUCUUCGAAGAAUUCCAUUCUCUCAAAAGUUCAAGUUUCCCACGACGAUCUCAUCUUGAAUCAUAUCAAAGCCGCUCAAUUUAUUUCGGUGACCGUCGCAUACAACGUUCGAACAACACAAUUUUCCGAAAGAUCUCCCGCGGUUCACGUGCGGCGACCCGAUAAAUCGCGUCUCGAACCGUUUGUAGGUCUUUUAGCGAUAGCGUGGAAUCAUAGCGAACGAUCUACGGUACCAGACCGCGAGAACUAUCAUCGCGAUAAGAAUCGUCGGUAACGCAGGACACGAGUCUUUCAGUGCUAACAUUCCAAUGGACCGUAUCAAGUUCCACUGUCUGUCGUAAAUGUUCAGUGUACGAUCCCUAGAUUACGAGAACGACGAAGAAAAGACGGACGAGCGUACGCAUCUCGUUCGGAAAACCGUCUUCAACGUCGACUCCUACAAAGUCGACUCCUAAAAACCCAGAACUGGUCUUGGAAACCGCGAACGAAAUGAAGCUCGCUAAUACCGAGACUUCCGGGUUCGAACCUAUCAUUUGCAACCAUAAACGUCCAGAAGCUGCGCAGCUGAUGUCUGUGAUAAAUGCUAUGCUUACGAUACACACGAUUAUGUUUUUACACGGAACGCUGCCAGGAGAAAGGGAGAAAGCUGGAAUGAAACGGAGAAAAUGGAAACGGAAGAAGGAACGCACGUUUUUAUGUUUCUAUUUUUUUUCCUUUUUGUUUACUUGCUGUUCCAUUGUACGAUCGUCGGAGAACGUCGCGAAAGAUCCGGAGGAUCCUCGUCCGAUGAUCGCAACGAGGAUUGGUACGGUGGUCGGCUGGCCCGGGGAUAAUCCGGUUUAUCGGAGCGCAAUCAGAACUUUCUACGAGCUUCCAGGGGAAGGUGUUUACAGAUCGCUAGACUCGGUAUGUGACAGAAAGCGAUGACGAUGACGCGGCACGCGGAACGAUAGUGCACGAUAAAUAGAAACGUGGAAUGUCGCAGAUAAGUCUUAUCGACGGUGCAAAGUACGGGCUAAAGCGUUGCACGGUGUUCUGAACGUCGCGCACGUACGAUUCAAAAGUGCCUAAACUCGUCGCGUAUCGCCAGGUACGCGGGGUACAGUACAUAUUAUCUUUAAUUAAUGUUAAAUCGGAGAGAAAGGGAGAGAGAGAGAGAGAAAGUGAGAGCGAGAGAGUGGGAGAGAAAGAGAAAAAAAAGAGAGAAUAAGAGAAAGAAAUCGAGGAAUUAACGAUUAAUCGCUACCUAUGUCUCUACCUACGUAAGCCUCUUUUUUCAAGGUGUAACGUUGCUAGGAGGAGAGAAAAAGAAAAUAAAGGAAAGCAGGCCAA